AUGAAUAGCUCAUUAAUAUGGAAUAUAAGGUCUGUAAACACUCAACAGGCCUUUGAGAGGGUAGUACUAUUGCAUAGACAGAAACAUUUUAAUUAUGUUGCCUUACUAGAGCCUUUCCAGCAUGUUAGACAUAUUGACAUGUACAAAUUGUGGUUAAAUAUGGGGACAUCAUGGCAUAAUGUGAAUGGGAAGAUUUGGAUUUUUGUGGAUGCAGAAAUUCAAGUAGAAAUAAUGAGAGAUACAGAACAACUGUUAUCUUGUAGAUUCACUCAUUUGGGUGAUGGGCAAGAGUUGGUGCUUACAGUUGUUUAUGCGAGUACUGAUAGAAGUGGGAGAAUAGCUCUAUGGAAGGAUCUAUAUGACAUGUCUUCACACAUCACCAUCCCAUGGCUUGUGGGUGGGGAUUUUAAUGUCAUUACAGAUGACAUUGAGAAAUUUGGGGGUCUUCCUGUACAGUUUGCAGAAACAGAGGAGUUUAGACAAUGUAUAGACAUUUGCCAACUGAUGGAUCUUGGUUUUACUGGAAGUAUGUUCACAUGGUGGAAUGGGAGAUCUGAUGAGGGUUGUAUAUUUAAAAGACUGGACAGAUGUUUGGGAAAUCAGGCUCUGCAGAAUUGUUUUCCUAAUUUGGAGGUAGAGCAUCUCAUUAAACAAGGUUCUGACCACUCCCCUUUGCUGGUAAAUAUGAGAGCAGAUAGUAGACCAAUUAGGAAAUCUUUCAGGUUUCUUAAUUUUUGGGUGGAGCAUGAAUCUUUUCUAGAUGUAAUCAAAGAAAAUUGGGUGGAAUCUUAUGGCUCAGACCCCUUUUUUAACUUUCAUAAUAAGUUAAAAAAGGUGGGAAGAGCUCUCUCUAAGUGGAGUAGGGACACUUAUGGUGAUAUCUUCAAGCAAAUUGCAACUCUGGAGGAAGUGGUGCAGGUGCAUGAGCAGGAAUUUGAACAGAAUCCUACAGGGCUUAACAGGGAAAGGCUACAAAGGGUACAAGCUGAUCUGAUCAGGUUUUAUGCUAUUGAAGAAAACUUUUGGAGACAAAAAACAGGGAUGCAGUGGUUUCAGGAUGGAGAUAGGAACACAAAAUUCUUUCAUGCUCAUGUCAAUGGAAAGAGAAGAAAGCUACAAUUACAGAGAAUUCAAGAUCAUACAGGUACAUGGUUGGACACUGAAGAGGAGAUUGCGCAGGAAGCAAUCAGAUUUUUCUCAGACCAAUUCAAAGAGGAAAAUAUCCCUACAGAUUUCUCCAUGCUUGAUAAGAUUCCUAAAAUGGUUACAGAAGAACAAAAUCAACAACUCUAUGAAAUGCCAGAUGAAGCAGAGGUGAAAAGAGUAGUUUUUGGUUUAAAUGGAGACAGUGCAGGGGGUCCUGAUGGUUUCACAGGAAGAUUUUUCCAAGCUUGUUGGGAAAUUAUUGCAAAUGACUUGGUGACCAUGGUGAGAUCAUUCUUCUGUGGGCAUGAACUCCUAAGCAAAGUUAUCUCAAGAAUCACUCAUAAAAGAAUGAUAUAUCUGCUGCCUGAGAUCAUUUCACCUCAGCAAUCAGGAUUUGUUAAAGGCAGGAGUAUUGUAGAAAACAUUCUGUUGGCUCAGGAAAUUGUACAUGAUAUUAGGAUUAGAGAAAAGCCUGCAAAUGUUGUCAUUAAGCUUAACAUGGAAAAGGCUUAUGACAAGUCUGUGAGAUUAGUGAUGAAGACUUUGAGUAAUUAUGAUACGGUGAGUGGUCAGAAGAUCAACAAGCAGCAAAGUGCUGUUAUGGAGACGCUGGGGAUGUAG